AUUUUGCUUUUAUUUAUUUAUUUUUUGGUUUCGUCAUCCGUGAAUUGAAUUCGGCCAAAAAGGCAAUUCUCUUUCUCUCUUCCGCCCUACAAAUAUGGGAAUGCGCCUCAUGUUUUCCUGCAACUCCCUCCGUGAACCUCCCGCCUGAUUUGUAUCUAACCCCAGCUUUGUUCCGAUUUGGAAAUCCAAAAUCCUCUGUUCCCAGGGCUACACCUCUCUCUCUCUCUCUCUCUCUCUUCUCUGUUAUAUACAUACAUAUACCUAUUACCAGGCAAAAGAUAUAUUUAUAUUUUUAUAUAUCAUAAGCCGCUCAAGAAACAAGCUCCUCAUCCUUGGGUGCUAAAUUUCUGCAUCCUAAGGUACAUGGGAUCUCAACCUGAUUUCGUUUUCUCAGUUUUUGUUAUUGCAUUCUUUGUUGGCUCUUAGCUCCAAUGAAUCUUCUGUUCGAUAUAUUUCAGUUAUAUUGAGGUGUAUUGAUCGAGAAAUCUUUAAUUGAAGGAGUGGAUUCCUCCAUGGGAGAAGCCCCGGCUUUCUUUAUAGAUGAUCUGCAGAGGGGCUAUUCAAAUGGGUUUGAUCUGAAUUCCAAAGGGCCUCAAACAGUUACUGUUGUUGGUGAUAAAUCAUAUGUGAUUGUUGGUUCGGAUGAUGAACUGAAGUCAUCUAUUGGAGUUCAAAUCUAUGACAAAUCCACAGGGAAAUCGGUCAGUCUUACUGUGUUGGGGACAAAACCCAAGCCAUGCCAAGGUCAUUCGGCUGUCCUUUUGAAUGAUGAUCGGAUAUUGAUUAUUAAGAAGAAUUCCUCCCCAGAUGACUGCUUGUGGUUUCUGGAGGUGGACACUAAAUUUGUCAGGGAGCAGAAACAAAUUUUGGGAACUGAGGUGGUUGCUUGGAGUAAAGGAGUUAUUGGUGACACUGAGAAGCCAAUUGUUAUUAGUGGUCCUUCUGGAGUGGGCAAGGGUACACUCAUAUCCAAGCUCAUGAAGGAAUUCCCUUCCAUGUUUGGAUUCUCUGUGAGCCACACAACCCGGGCCCCAAGGGAGAAGGAGACAGAUGGGGUCCAUUACCAUUUCACUUACAAAAGUGUUAUGGAGAAGGAGAUAAAGGACGGGAAGUUCCUUGAGUUUGCUUCUGUUCAUGGAAAUCUUUAUGGAACCAGUAUUGAAGCUGUUGAAGUGGUAGCGGAUGCUGGAAAGAGAUGCAUUCUCGACAUUGAUGUUCAAGGUGCAAGGUCUGUGAGGGCUAGUUCUCUUGAAGCAAUUUUCAUCUUCAUCUGCCCACCUUCUAUUCAGGAACUUGAGAACCGACUUCGUGAAAGGGGAACUGAGUCGGAUGAACAGAUUAAAAAACGUGUUCAUAACGCCGCAGCAGAGCUUGAGCAAGGGAAAUCACCCGAUCUCUUUGCUCACAUCUUGGAAAAUGAUGACCUUGAGAAAUGUUACAUCAAUCUUAAGAAACUCUUGGGUCUGGAUGGUGGUGCACCGGCUACUCAUAAAUCAACCCUAGAAACGGUCCAUCUGCCUGCGGACCAUGCAGUGUCAAAAAUUGGUCACAAGAUCCUCAUAGCCUCUGAAACCCAAGAGCGAGAAAAAGCUUCAAAGAACUUGAUUGUCCUAGAUGUAUCUUCACUUAAAGGAGGAGCACCAGGGAGGACAAGAGGGCUGAGAUUGUAUGCUGCCGACAAAUUUUCGGACGGCAUAAAUGGAAUUUAACAGUCAACCCAACGAAAUCCUCAUCUUCAUCCUCAUCCUCGGAUAUACUAACUCAAUCUCUCAUUUUUUGAACUAUUUUUAGAAAGAAGGAUUAGGUCUUUAUUUUCUAUGAUUUAACAAGAGGGGGAUCAUUGAUGGGCUUUGGUUAUUAUUCUUCAAGGUCCUCGCAGAAGUUGAGAUUUUUUGUUUUUUUGUUUUUUAAUGUUGUUGGACUGGAUAGGAUCUAUGAUUUCUGCCGCAGAUGAAAUUACCCCAAUUUGAAUUACCCCAAUUUGCUGCGAGGAAGAGAAAAGAAAGCAGAAGGAAAAGAUAAGACUUUGGAAGUUGUCCAAGCUCAUUUAUAUUUGACAGAUGAAAAGUAAAGCAAAAAUUUUACACUGUCAUUUAGAGUUCAAUUCUCUGUGAGUGUUUUGGGGGGGAUGUAUUUGUGUGGGUGCUUUUUGAUAAUCAGGGGGGAUUAAGGUAAUGAUAGUUUUGGAUUUGAAGCAGGAAAAGCCAAUCAUAGAAUCCAAACAUUGCUUUAUUGAUCCACUAA